GAAAACAAACAUAAGGCGAAAAUUAGUUUUGGGGUGCUUCUUGUAUCGUUUUCCAAAUUCUGCCCUCCCCCAAAAAGCUCUCAUGAACGCCCAGCACGAAGAACUGAAGUAACAGAAGGAGAGAGAAAGCGACCACGUUUCACCGGAGCGAGAUUUGUUUCUCUCUCGUCACCGGAUUCCCCUUUCGAUCAUAACCCUAACCCUACACACUCCUCCCUUUCAGAUCUCCCAAUUCUAAUUUAUUGGAUCGAUAAUCAAAUCAAAUCAAAUCAAAAUGGAUACGUCGGCCUGCAUAAAAGAAGUGAAUAGAUCGGCAUCGGUGGCCUUUGCCCCCGAAGCCCCGUUGAUUGCCGCCGGAACUAUGGCGGGAGCUGUCGACAUGUCGUUCAGCUCGUCCGCGAAUCUGGAAAUCUUUCAACUUGACUUCCAAUCUGACGAUCGCAAGCUUCCCUUAGUUGGGGCGAUACCCAUUUCGGAACCAUUUAAUCGGUUAUCUUGGGGAAAAUCCCCGACAUCGGGCUCGGAGGAAUUCUCACUCGGGCUCGUUGCCGGUGGCCUUGUCGACGGCACAAUCGGUAUCUGGAAUCCACGAAUACUUAUCAGUUCCGAAGAAAAGGAAGGCGCUCUUGUUCAACAACUUACAAGACACAAAGGGCCUGUUCGUGGUCUUGAGUUUAGUGGUCUUUCACCAAACCAUCUUGCUUCUGGCGCAGAAGAAGGAGAAAUCUGUAUAUGGGAUAUUUCUAAACCAUCAGAACCUACACAUUUUCCUCCUCUCAAGGGAAGUGCGUCAGCUAAACAGGGUGAAAUAUCUUAUUUAUCAUGGAACAGGAAAGUUCAGCCUAUCUUGGCAUCCACUUCCUUUAAUGGGACAACUGUGGUGUGGGACCUUAGGAAGCAAAAGCCAAUUAUAAGUUUUUCAGAUUCAGUUAGAAGACGAUGCUCUGUUUUACAGUGGCAUCCUGAUUUUGCCACUCAACUGAUUGUUGCUUCAGAUGAUGAUAGUUCACCUUCUUUGAGGAUAUGGGAUAUGCGGAACACAAUGUCACCAUUGAGAGAGUUGGUAGGCCACAAUAAAGGUGUUGUUGCAAUGUCAUGGUGUCCAAGUGAUAGCUCUUAUUUGCUUACCUGUGCUAAAGAUAAUCGCACUAUUUGUUGGGACACUGGUUCUGGAGAGAUUGUCUCUGAACUUCCAGCUGGAACCAAUUGGAAUUUUGAUGUUCACUGGUAUUCAAAGAUACCAGGAAUCAUAUCAGCAUCUUCAUUUGAUGGCAAAAUUGGUAUUUAUAAUAUUGAGGCUUGUGCUCGAUAUGGUGCUGGUGAGAAUUACUAUGGACAAGCACCUUUAAAAGCCCCAAAAUGGUAUCAACGAAAAGCUGGAGUUUCUUUUGGUUUUGGUGGAAAACUUGUUUCUUUUCACACAACUGGUUCUUCUGGACCUUCAGAGGUUAAUGUCCAUGACUUGGUUACUGAGCACAAUUUAGUUAACACCUCAUCUGAAUUUGAAGCUGCAAUGCGUAGUGGAGAUAGAUCUACUUUACGUGUUCUAUGUGACCAAAAAUCUCAAGAAUCCGAAUCCGAGGAUGACAGAGAAACAUGGGGAUUCUUGAAAGUGAUGUUUGAAGAUGAUGGAACAGCAAGAACAAAGCUUCUACACCAUCUUGGAUUCACUUUGCCUGUUGAAGCAACUGAAACUGUUCAAGAUCUGACACAAGAUGUAGGUGCUUUAAGUUUUGAUGAACAUGAAGGAGCUAAAGAUGGAUUUAUGGGCGAAAACCAAGCAUUAAACACUCCAACUGAUUAUGGGGAAGAUUUCUUUAACAAUCUUCCUAGUCCUAAAUGUGACACACCUGUCUCAACUCCUGGAAGGAAUGAAGAAUUGGUGAGCUUUGAAGAUGCACUAAAAGAAGGUGAUGUGGGUAAUGACCCAUCUUUUAAUGAUGCUGUUCAACGUGCUUUGGUUGUUGGGGAUUACAAAGGAGCUGUUGCACAGUGUAUAGCUGCAGAUAAAAUGGCAGAUGCUUUAGUUAUUGCUCAGGUUGGUGGUGCUUCCCUGUGGGAGACCACACGUGAUCAGUACCUUAAGAAGAAUCGUUCUCCAUACCUAAAGGUUGUUGCUGCAAUGGUAAAUAAUGAUCUUGUUAGUCUAGUAAACACCAGGCCCCUGAAAUCCUGGAAGGAAACACUUGCUCUCUUAUGCACUUUUGCUCAAAGGGAGGAGUGGACUUUACUUUGUGAUACCCUUGCCUCUAGACUUGUAUCUUCUGGGAACACGUUAGCUGCGACUCUUUGUUAUAUAUGUGCUGGGAACAUUGAUAAAACAGUUGAAAUUUGGUCAAAGAAUGUUACCACUGAGCACAAAGGAGAAUCCUAUGUUUCCCUUCUUCAGGAUUUGAUGGAGAAGACUGUGGUUCUUGCUUUAGCAACUGGACAGAAGAGAUUCAGUGCUUCUUUAUGUAAACUUGUUGAAAAGUAUGCUGAGAUUUUAGCAAGUCAAGGACUUUUGACAACAGCUAUGGAGUAUUUGAAGCUAAUGGGCACAGAAGAUUUGUCUCCUGAACUUGUGAUCUUAAGAGAUCGGAUUGCCCUUUCCUCUCAACCAGAAAAAGAGGCAAAUGGUUCUGCUGAUUAUGGUCACUCUCAACCACAAAUGGGAGCUGUAUAUGGUGCAAACCAGCAUACAAACUCUGUGGUGGAACCUACUAGAAACUAUUAUCAGGAUGAUAAUUCUUAUCAACGUGAAAGCUAUCAACAACCACCUGCUCCUUUAUACAACACGCAAUAUCAACAGCCACAACAUCCCUCCAUGUUUGUUCCAUCUCCUGCAGCUCAAAUUCCACCUACAACGGGGUUCAAUCCAGCUCCAGUUGCAACUCAAGCUGCCCCGAAAGUAUUUGUUCCUUCAACUCCACCUAUCAUGAGAAAUGCCGACCAAUACCAGCAACCCCCGACCUUGGGGUCUCAGCUAUAUCCUAAUCAGGUGAAUGCUAACCCUGGUUACCAAGCGGGACCACCUGGACCGGUUUCAGUUGGGCCUGUCCCAUCUCCAAUGGUCCCCACAAGCGGGCCGAAAAUCACACAGGGUGUAGCACCACCAGUCAGGGGGUUCAUGCCUGUAAACAACAACAAUAACAAUAACACAGGAUUACAACGAAGUUCCUCAAAUCAAAUGCAACCACCAAGUCCUUCACACCCUGCUCCACCUCCUGUUGCCCCUCCAACCGUCCAGACUGCUGACGUGUCCAAUGUCCCAGUUCAACAAAGGCCAGUUAUUGGGACUUUGACCAGACUUUUCAACGAGACAUCGGAAGCAUUGGGAGGGGGGAAUGCAGUUCCAGCUAAGAAACGUGAAAUUGAUGACAACUCAAAGAAACUCGGGGCAUUGUUUGCUAAACUUAACAGUGGUGAUAUUUCCAAAAAUGCUGGUGAAAAGCUUGUGCAGCUUUGUCAGUCGUUGGAUCGUGGUGACUUUGCUACUGCCCUCAAGAUUCAGGUGGAUCUUACAACUAGUGACUGGGAUGAGUGUAGCUUCUGGUUAGCAACACUGAAACGGAUGAUCAAGAUUAGGCAGACUGCCAGAUAAAUGGAAUGGAGUCUGUACACAGGAAGUUGGUGGUCUAGCAAAGUUUAGUUCCUUUUCUUUCUUUUCUUUUCUUUUCUUAUUAUAUCCAAAGGAUAUUAUUAAUAUUUGCAUGGAUUUAUUGAUAUUUAUUUUUCUUACUUUACUUUUUAUAAAGCAAUUGAUGACCCAAGAUAGGUUUCUUCAUGGAUGGAUUUAUCUUCUGUUUUUAUUUGUGUAUGGAGUUAAUAGAUAUGACAUAAUUUUGUCACAA